CACUGAUCAUCAGGGCACUGAUGAUCUGUGUAGCCCCAGCAGUGCCACCUGUCAGUGUCCACCAGUUGCCACCAGUGCACAUUAAUGCCACAUAUCAGUGCCCAUCUGAGCUGCCUUUCAGUGUCACCUAUCAAUGCCAGUCAGUGCCACCUAUCAGUGCUGCCAAUCAGUGCCCGUCAGUGCUGCCUAUCAGUGCCACCUAACAGUGCCAUAUGAGUGCUGCCUUUCAGUGCCCAUCAGUGAUGCCUGUCAAUGCCCAUGUGCCAAGUGCCACCUACCAGUGCCUCCUCAUCAGUGUCCAUCAGUGCCACCUAUCAGUGUCCAUCAGUGCCCAUCACUACAGCCUCAUUAGCGCACAUCAGUGA